GUCCCCACAGCCUGCCCUCGAACAAGGACCCAAUGCCCAACCCCAGGCCAGCCAAGCCCUCGGCCCCUUCCUUGGCACUUGGCCCAUCCCCAGGAGCCUCACCCAGCUGGAGGGCUGCACCCAAAGCUUCAGACCUGCUAGGGGCCAAGGGCCCAGGGGCAACCUUCCAGGGCCGGGACCUCCGAGGCGGGGCCCAUGCCACCUCCUCUUUGAACCCCAUGCCACCAUCGCAGCUGCAGCUGCCUACAGUGCCCCUAGUCAUGGUGGCACCCUCUGGGGCACGCCUGGGCCCCUCGCCCCACUUGCAAGCACUCCUCCAGGACAGGCCUCACUUCAUGCACCAGCUCUCAACAGUGGAUACCCAUGCUCGGACCCCCGUGCUGCAGGUGCGCCCACUGGACAGCCCAGCUAUGAUCAGCCUCCCGCCACCCACUGCUGCCACUGGCGUCUUCUCCCUCAAGGCCCGGCCCGGCCUGCCACCUGGGAUCAACGUGGCCAGCCUGGAGUGGGUGUCCAGGGAGCCGGCACUGCUCUGCGCCUUCCCAAGCCCCAGCACACCCCGGAAGGACAGCACCCUUUCGACCGUGCCCCAGGGCUCCUAUUCACUGCUGGCAAAUGGUGUCUGCAAGUGGCCCGGAUGUGAGAAGGUCUUCGAGGAGCCAGAGGAUUUCCUCAAGCAUUGCCAGGUGGACCAUCUCCUGGAUGAGAAGGGCAGGGCACAGUGUCUCCUCCAGAGGGAGGUGGUGCAGUCUCUGGAACAGCAGCUCAUGCUGGAGAAAGAGAAGCUGGGUGCUAUGCAGGCCCACCUGGCUGGGAAGAUGGCUCUGACCAAAGCUCCAUCCACGGCGUCAUCUGACAAGGGCUCCUGCUGCAUCGUGGCCACUGGCACCCCAGCUGCCACAGGCCCAGCCUGGCCCAGCCCCCAGGAGGCCCCCGACGGCCUGUUUGCUGUGCGGAGGCACCUCUGGGGCAGCCAUGGAAACAGCACGUUCCCAGAGUUCUUCCACAACAUGGAUUACUUCAAGUUCCAUGACAUGCGGCCCCCUUUCACCUAUGCCACCCUCAUCCGCUGGGCCAUCCUGGAGGCUCCUGAGAAGCAGCGGACACUCAAUGAGAUCUACCACUGGUUCACACGCAUGUUUGCCUUCUUCAGAAACCAUCCCGCCACCUGGAAGAAUGCCAUCCGCCACAACCUGAGCCUGCACAAGUGCUUUGUGCGGGUGGAAAGUGAGAAGGGGGCUGUGUGGACCGUGGAUGAAUUCGAGUUCCGCAAGAAGAGGAGCCAGAGGCCCAGCAGGUGUUCCAACCCCACACCUGGCCCCUAACCU